CCCACCAUCGCCCAUUUACCCCGCCAAACUUUUUUUUCCCUUCCAGCCGACGCCUGACGACGCCCAUUUUGCAACUCUCCCCAAGCAACAUCUUGUCAUCCCUCAGAAUGUCGUCCCAGCAGAAGAUCGCCAUCGUCUCGGUCUACGACAAGACCGGCCUGCUGGACCUGGCCAAGGGCCUCGUCCAGCAAGGCGUCCGCAUCUUGGCGUCUGGCGGCACCUCUAAGAUGAUCCGCGAGUCUGGCUUCCCCGUCGAGGAUGUCUCCGCCAUCACCAAUGCCCCUGAGAUGCUGGCCGGCCGUGUCAAGACUCUCCACCCCGCCGUCCACGCCGGCAUCUUGGCCCGCGACCUCGCCUCCGAUGAGAAGGAUCUCGCGGACCAGAACAUCAACAAGGUUGACUAUGUCAUCUGCAACCUCUACCCUUUCAAGGACACCGUUGCCAAGGUCAAUGUCAGCAUCCCUGAAGCUGUUGAGGAGAUCGAUAUUGGCGGCGUCACCCUUAUCCGCGCCGCUGCCAAGAACCACAAGCGCGUGACCAUCCUCAGCGACCCCAACGACUACGCCGGGUUCUUGAGCGAGCUCGAGAAGGGCGAGAUCUCUGAUGCCAGCCGCAACCGCUAUGCGCUCAAGGCAUUCGAGCAUACUGCUGACUACGAUGCUGCCAUCUCCCAAUUUUUCCGCAAGGAGUACGCUGGCAAUGGUGAGCAGUACAUGGCUCUUCGCUAUGGCGCCAACCCCCACCAGAAGCCCGCUGCCUCCUACAUGCCCGAGGGCAAGCUGCCUUUCAAGGUGCUCUGCGGCUCCCCGGGCUACAUCAACCUCCUUGACUCCCUGAACGCCUGGCCUCUGGUCAAGGAGCUCAAGAAGGCUCUUGGCAAGCCCGCCGCUGCCAGCUUCAAGCACGUCUCUCCCGCCGGCGCUGCUAUCGGCCUGCCCCUAACCGAGGAUGAGCGCAAGGUCUACUUCGUAAACGACAUUCCUGGCAUUGAGACCUCCGGCCUCGCCCAGGCCUAUGCCCGAGCCCGAGGCGCCGACCGCAUGAGCAGCUUCGGUGACAUCAUCGCUCUCAGCGACAUUGUCGAUGUUCCUACCGCCAGCAUCAUCUCCAAGGAGGUCUCUGACGGUGUCAUUGCCCCUGGCUACGAGGAGGCGGCCCUUGCCAUUCUUAAGAAGAAGAAGGGCGGCCGUUACCUGGUCCUCCAGAUCGACCCCGAGUACAACCCCCCCUCAACCGAGACUCGCACCGUCUACGGCAUCAACCUCCAGCAGCACCGCAACGAUGUUGAGAUCUCCCCCAAGUCCUUCAACACUAUCAUCACCCCCAAGGACGCUACUGCUCUCCCCGAGAACGCUACCCGCGAUCUUACUGUCGCCACCAUCACCCUCAAAUACACCCAGAGCAACUCCGUCUGCUACGCCGUUAACGGCCAGGUUGUCGGCCUUGGAGCCGGCCAGCAGUCCCGAAUUCACUGCACUCGUCUUGCCGGCGACAAGGCUGACAACUGGUGGAUGCGUUUCCACGAGCGUGUGCUCGGCAUCAAGUGGAAGAAGGGCACCAAGCGCCCUGACAAGAGCAACGCCAUUGACCUGCUUGUGAGCGGUGAGCUCCCCAAGGAUGGUCCCGAGCGUGAGGCUUUCGAGGCUGUCUUCGAGGAAGUCCCCCCUGCUUUCACUGCCGAGGAGCGAGACGCCUGGAUGAAGCAGCUCAAGGAUGUCUGCGUGUCCAGCGAUGCCUUCUUCCCCUUCAUUGACAACGUCUUCCGCGUUGCCCGUUCGGGAACCAAGUACGUCGCUGCUCCCGGCGGCAGCCAGAACGACGGUGCCGUUUUCGAGACCGCCGAGAAGCUCGGUAUCACCUUCGUGGAGCAGAACAUUCGUCUCUUCCACCACUAAAUGGGGGGGCGUUUAAAAAAAGGAAUAGGGGCAAGGUAAUGGUGAAAACGAUAGGCUACCAAACUGCCAGAUGACGAGAAGAAUGAAAAAGGGAAAUUGUAAUCUGGAUGAUUACGAUGUUGUAUAUAUGAUAGACUUGAUGCCGCGCGAUGACGCUCACCUCAACGUGAUGAUGACAUGGAACACCUUUGCAGUACCGUCCUAGCUCGCUAUAAUCUAGUGAUUCUUGAUGUGUCACUUCAAUGUCCGAGGCAAGUCUUGACGUAGGGGAUAGACAGGUUGUUGCCGCCAUUUAUUAGUGGUGGAAUAAACAGGGCGAAUACUAACCAAGUGUAAGAUAUCAAACUUGGGUCUUCUAUUACAAUAGAGUAUUGCUAUUCGCACACAGUCAAAAUACUACUCGCACACUUAAGUACGCAGGUAAAUUUCACUAAGAA